AUGGGUCGCGGUCCUAAGAAGCACCUCAAGCGCCUCGCAGCUCCCUCGUCGUGGCUCCUCGACAAGCUCGGCGGAACCUACGCCCCCCGCCCGUCGCCGGGUCCCCACAAGCUCCGCGAGUCGCUUCCCCUCACGGUCUUCCUCCGCAACCGCCUCAAGUAUGCCCUUACCGGCAAGGAGGUCACUGCUAUCCUUAAGCAGCGCCUCGUCCAGGUGGACGGCAAGGUCCGCACCGACGAGACCUACCCCGCUGGCUUCAUGGACGUUAUCUCGAUCGAGGCUUCGGGCGAGCACUUCCGUCUCCUUUACGACGUCAAGGGCCGCUUCGUUAUCCACCGCAUCACCCCCGAGGAGGCUUCGUUCAAGCUCCUCAAGGUGAAGCGUGUCGCUCUCGGCGCCAAGGGCGUUCCCCACAUCGUCACCCACGACGGCCGCACCAUCCGCUACCCCACCCCCGACGUCAAGGUCAACGACUCGGUCAAGUUCGACUUUGUCCAGAACAAGAUUGUCGACCACGUCAAGUUUGAGCCCGGAAACGUUGUCAUGGUCACUGGCGGCCGUAACAUGGGCCGUUCGGGUGUCAUUGUCCACAAGGAGCGCCACCUCGGCGGCUUCGACAUUGUUCACAUCCGUGACGUCCUUGACAACACCUUCGCUACUCGUAUUGGCAACGUCUUCGUCAUCGGCGAGGGCUCCAAGGCCCAGAUCUCGCUCCCCAAGGGCAAGGGUGUCAAGCUCGACGUCGCGCAGGAGCGUGACGCUCGUCGCGCGGCCAAGCAGAAGGCUUAA